UCUUGUCUGGACUUACACAAGCAGACAGCAGAAUGGAAGCUGCUGGUGACGUAAAGGAAACAAUUUCUGUAGUGCUGUAGAAUAAGCUAAUUAUAACCUGCUGGUUUGUUGCUCUUGAACACAGAGCAUCAAGAACUAACAGAUUUGCAAGUAGAGCUUACAAGCAUGGAUGUCAUCUUCAAGGAGGGGAAGCUGUACCUUCAGGGGGUUAAGUUUGGAAAGAAAACAUGGCGGAAAGUAUGGAUGGUGCUUUUUAAGCCCAGCUCUAUGGGAGUUGGUCGGUUGGAGUUCUCUACUCUAUUUGACAACAAUGCUGCUGCUGACCAGAGGAAGGUGGCUCGGCCAAAAACACCUGAAAGAAAAGUGGUGCGUCUAAGUGACUGCCUCAGUGUUGUACCUGCUCCAAAGGAGUCGUGUCCUUCUAGUUGCACUGCCUUCUACUUAAACACCACUCAGUGUACCUACACCCUGGCCUCCACGUCAAGCCAGGAAUGGCUCAGUGCCCUCUGCCUUCUGGCCUUUCAGAAGGAUCCUGGGGAGUCAGACAAAGGGGCUUUCGAGAGAGGAAAUAGCUUGAUGAUGGAGGACAAUGACCUUUACUCGUCUUGGAAAACCGAUCCGACUCUUCCUCCAAACCAGUACCAAGUGACUGUCCAGAGCACGGAGGCAUCCAGGAGAUGCAAGUUAUCUGGGGACUAUCUGGUCUGCACAGAUAAUGAAGCUGUGAUUUUGCUGGCCAUUGAUACUGGUCACACAUUGUAUCGCUGGCCGUACAGGCUCUUACGCAAAUUUGGACAGGUUGAGGGUGGAUUCAGCAUUGAAGCAGGCCGUCGCUGUGAGUCAGGAGAAGGAGUGUUCAUCUUCCUGUCCAGGCAUGGUCCCCAGAUCUUCCAAAAUAUAUCGAGGCAGUGCUCUGUGGAGAGUAGGUCCUCUCCCCAGCUCCCCAGCCUCCGCAGAAGAUCGUUAUCUGACCUGUCUCCUGUUAUCCUCCCAACCACAACCAGCUGUCCCGCUGGUGCCCCCGUCUACAGUCCUGCAGAGGAUGAGUUUGCCAACCACUACUCCACUAUUAAUGAUACCCCUGUACUAAAGGCGAAGCACCUAUCUCUUAUCCAAACUCAUCGGUCUAACAGCAGGGAGGCUGUGGGGGAGGAAAGUGUGGAUGAGGAUAAACUGUGUCAUUCCCUAGAGGCUGUAAACCUGGAUAAUGUCAUGGAGGACAACAUUUAUUACAACCUGAGGAGAGCCACGCCCCCUAUGACCAGACACGAUGAGUUCAAAACUACAGCGGACUCAGAGGUCAUCUAUGCGGCUGUGGUAACAAAUCCACAGCCUCCCCCCUGCACCCCUGCUCCCCAGACCCCACCCCGGCCCCGAUACCAGCGCCAGCCCCCUGUGAAUAACUACAUGCAGCCAGGGUACAAUGCACAGGCGCAGGCGGUGGAUGACAUGAAGGAGAUGGAAGAGGCCAUCAGCUCCUCUACCCAGUUUGCCCCCACAGAGGCCCCUGGCAGUUUUAAACACAGGCUGGCAGAAAUCAUUUCUAAGGACUUGGCAAAGUUCCAGCCACCUCUUCCCUCUGGAGCGGGCAGCCCCACAUUUUCUCAGUAGGCUAUUAGUUAACAGACAGACUAGGAGGAGCAAUUUUAACUGUGAUGGGCUGUCAUAAAGCACAAUUAGUUUCUUUAUUUCUUUGAAAUCCCCUCUGCUGGGAACAUUUGGCAUCAGAUUUUGGCUUGCAGAUGUUUGUAUGUUUCUGUCUGUAGCCUGUUGUAUGAAAACAAAGCAUCUGGAAUACAUUUUAUUCUGCAGAUUAUUUUUGCAAAAAGGGGGUUUUGUGGUAUUUUUCUUCACUGCUGAAAUGUAAGAGAAGCUACAGUAUGUGUUCUGCAGUAUCUUUAAUGUCACAUUGCUAUUAAGCUGAAGGAACACUUGACUUUUGGAUGAUCUCAUUAUAGAGAUAGCUUUGGAGACAUAAAUGGUUCCUUGUUAUAGGCAAAAAUUCUUAUGUACAGGGGGACACAUCCCUCCCAAUGUUUGCAUGUGCUCAAAAUUUGCCCUCCAAAUAAAUAUAACAAAUUACUGUGUUACUGUGUACUGUAGUUUUGCGGGUAGUUUGUCAAAGUGUGUUGCCUUAACCAAG